AACCGCACGAUUCUGGUCUGUCCGCAUAGCGAGCUGACAGCUCCAGAUACAGUGGCUCAAUUGAGAAAUGCCACCGUUCGCUCGGUUUCACCUGAACCCUUCACAGGUGAUGUCAGAGACCGGGACCCGAGUAACAAGAUCGGGGACAUUUCUCCUCUACUUAAACCUGACACAUGGAGCGCGCGGCAGUGGAUGCGUUUUCCAGAGGUAUCCCGUCAUUUCCAUCCUUUGUCAAAAUGGCAGGCGUGUUUUCCUACGAGAGCUCUGAAGUGGACUGGUGUGAGGACAACUAUAAACAUUCAGAGAAUGUUGUGGAAUAUUUCAACACGAUUAGCAGUUUCAUCUUCUUUGUGAUCUCACCUAUAAUGCUGUACCUGCUACACCCAUAUGCCAAGGAAAGGAACCUGGCUGUGCAUCUGGUGUGGAUCAUGAUGGUGUUUGUAGGUAUCUUCUCCAUGUAUUUCCACAUGACUCUGAGUUUUAUGGGCCAGAUGCUGGAUGAGCUGUCUAUCCUGUGGGUUUUGGCUAUUGGUUACUCGCUGUGGUUUCCUCGCAAACACUUCCCUUCUUUCGUUAAGGACAGGACAUCUUUCGCUCGUAUGGUGCUGAUCAUCACUAUCAUAAGCACUCUGUCAUCUUUUGUCAAGCCUACAGCCAAUGCCUAUGCUCUCAACUGCUUCGCCAUCCAUAUCCUCUACUCUCUGUUUUUGGAGUUAAAGAGUUGCACAGAUGAGCGGGUGCUGCGUCUGGCCUGGGCCUCCAUUGGCCUGUGGGUUCUGGCCAUCUCAUGUUGGAUUAGCGAUCGCUUUGGCUGCAGCUUCUGGCAGAAACUGGACUUCUGUUAUCUGCACGGUAUCUGGCACAUUUUGAUUGUAAUGGCCACUGCUUAUGCUAGCACUUUGAUUGCAUACCUGGAUGCUAGUCAGGAGAUCCCUUAUUCCCUCCCGGACCUGCAGUACUGGCCCAGGAAUAACUGGGCCAUCGGCCUGCCAUACAUCGUCCUCAAAGGCACCACAAAGACCCGGAAAACAUGCUAGCAAACAUGAACAGAUCUCAUAUUUAAAGCUGACUGGUGUUACUCCGAUCUGGGACCAGCCUUCAACUUUCAAAAAGGGUGAAUAAUUUAUGUGAGAAAGAGCUGAAUCACUGUGAGGACUGGAGUGAAAUGAAUGUUCCAUGUUGUGGUUGUUUCUCUGUAUUUCUCACAGAACCUAAAUGUGUAUGUGUGAAUUUCUCCAGUUGAGACUGUAUUUUCAUUACAAACAGCAUGCGGUUGUUAUGCGGACAUGAAUAUUUGCUACGUUGUGACAGGAUUGAAUGUAUGAGCAAUACAUUCUAGUUUACUUGAUUUACAAAUCAGAGGCUUCAAUUUGUCAUUGGCACUACUUGAUUCUUGGGUGAAACUUGAACAAUAAUGUUAGAUUGACAGUCGCUUUGAUGUAAGAUUUAUUGAAUUAAUAUUCUCUUAACAAAUGAUGCAAACACUUGUUUACAAAUGUAAUUACUGGGAUUGUGAACAUUUGUUGUGCGAUUUUUAAAUCUUAAUUUAUUUUACUGUAUUAUUUUGUCCGAAAUAUUAUAUAAAUCUCUAUAUUUAUCUGCAUAUUGUGUUUUAACUUGACCUUCACCUCAGUUUUAUGAUAUUGUGUAUAUAAUGAUUGUGUAUAUUAAUAUAUUACCUUUCAGUGACAUUAAUACCAUUGCUGGCACAUGAAUAAGGGUUUGAACUUUUAAGUAUUGAUGUUAAAUAGUAUUUCAAAGAAGCACCAUGAGAUACACUAAAAUACACAAGGAGACAAACUUUACAAUGAUGCUUGUUACGUGUUUUAUGUGCAAAAUGAAAAUGGGGUCAACUCGAGGUUAUGGAUACUUCAACCACCCAGACUUCCGACACAGCGCCAUCAAGUGUACAAUUUAAUAUGAAUAAUGGUAAAUCUAAUCCUGUUUUCAAGUAUUCAUUUACUCUGAUUGAAUUGGAUCUGUUUUUACUAUAUUUAUUGUUGUUUAUGAAUUCUGUGCUUGUUGAAUUUCAGUAUAACAUUGUAUUUUUAGAGUUUGUCUACUGAUUAGAUCAAGAAUAAAAGCAAGUUUCGCACAACAGCCCGUUAAAACUGUGACGCUAAUAG